CUCCGCCCCCCAGCUCUCCUUUAAUUCUCCCAUCGACCCUUCAAAUCGCCUGGGCUCUGCAAGCUAGGCUUCCUCUUCCUUUUCUUUCUUUAUUCCUUCCCUUGGAUGAAUUAAUCCAAUUCUUCUCCUCCUUCCUCUUUGUCGUCUGCCGUCGUCACCAUGAGUUCCCUCCGUUUCCUUGACUUGGUCAAGCCGUUCGUGCCGUUCCUCCCAGAGGUUCAGCAGCCGGAGACCAAGAUCCCCUUCAAUCAGAAGCUGAUGUGGACCGCCCUUACGCUCCUCAUCUUCCUGGUCAUGAGCCAGAUGCCCCUUUACGGCAUCGUCUCCUCCGACAACUCGGACCCUCUAUACUGGCUGCGAAUGGUCAUUGCGAGUAACCGUGGAACCCUGAUGGAACUGGGUAUUACCCCCAUCAUCUCCUCAGGCAUGGUCUUCCAGCUCCUCGCCGGUACCCACAUGAUCGAUGUCAACCUCGACCUCAAGUCGGACCGCGAGCUCUACCAGACCGCCCAGAAACUCCUUGCCUUCAUCCUGUCCGCUGGUACCGCCACCGUCUACGUCUUCAGCGGCCUCUACGGUCCUCCUUCCGACCUCGGUGCCGGUAUCGUCUUCCUCCUGAUCCUCCAGCUGGUUGUCGCCGGUAUGAUUGUCAUUCUCCUCGAUGAGCUCCUCCAGAAGGGUUACGGCCUUGGCAGUGGUAUCUCUCUGUUCAUUGCCACCAACAUCUGCGAGUCCAUCAUGUGGAAGGCUUUCUCUCCCACCACCAUCAACACUGGCCGUGGUCCCGAGUUUGAGGGUGCCGUCAUUGCCCUCUUCCACCUCCUCAUGACCUGGCCCAACAAGCAGCGCGCUCUCCAGGAGGCUUUCUACCGCCAGAACCUCCCCAACAUCAUGAACCUUCUGGCCACCCUCGCCGUCUUCGCCGCUGUCAUCUACCUCCAGGGCUUCCGCGUCGAGAUCCCCGUCAAGUCCUCGCGCCAGCGUGGUGCUCGUGGCUCGUACCCCGUCCGCCUGUUCUACACCUCCAACAUGCCCAUCAUGCUGCAGUCCGCUCUUUCUUCCAACAUCUUCCUUAUCAGCCAGAUGCUCUACUCUCGCUUCUCUGAGAACCUCCUUGUCCGUCUCUUCGGUGUCUGGGAGGCCAAGGACGGUUCCUCGCAGCUCCACGCCGUUUCCGGUCUUGUCUACUACAUGUCUCCCCCUCAGAACCUGAAGGAGGCUCUCCUCGACCCCAUCCACAUGAGCGCCUACAUUGUCUACAUGCUCGGUGCCUGCGCCCUCUUCUCCAAGACCUGGAUUGAAGUUUCCGGCUCCAGCCCCCGUGACGUUGCCAAGCAGCUCAAGGACCAGGGUCUUGUCAUGGCUGGUCACCGUGACCAGAGCAUGUACAAGGAGCUGAAGCGCAUCAUCCCCACUGCCGCUGCCUUUGGCGGUGCCUGCAUUGGUGCGCUCUCGGUCUCCAGCGACCUUAUGGGAGCCCUGGGCUCCGGUACCGGUACUCUCCUUGCUGUCACUAUCAUCUACGGUUACUUCGAAAUCGCCGCCAAGGAAGGAGAUCUUUCCGGCAUGAAGGGCAUGAUUAUGGGCUAAUCUCAGCCACUAUGAAGCCAAUGGAGGGCACGAUUGAUUCAGCCUUGGCAUUGGCGCCUGCUUCAGACAGGCGAAUGUGUAUUAACAGAAAAGAGGAAGAGAAAGAAAAUAGUUAUACAUGGUUUUUUGUUUCCUUUUUACAACCACGAGCCAGAGGAGUCGGGAGAGUGAGGUCAACUUGGAUUGGAAAUGGCAUUGGGACGGCGAUCAAGGGAUGUCGUGUCAAGAUUAAAACCACACAUGUCUAAAUAUCUGUCAUUAUGGGUUUCUUCGGAGGGGGUGGCCAUGUAUGUCAAAGGCCACGCGUUGGUGGUGGACAAGGAGGCCCAUUGUACCUAACUCGAAUGAUCUAUGAAUGACAAACUUAAUGCUACAAUGCGUACGAGUUUCGUCA